CCCAUGAGCCUCUGCUCUGCAUGCUGCUGUUGGUCUGUCUGAAUUAACACUCGUGUUGUUUGUAAAUACUCCUAUUUUAAAAGAUGUCUGAGUUGUUUAUGGAGUGUGAAGAGGAGGAGUUGGAGCCAUGGCAGAAAGCGAAACCAGAAACUAAUCUGAUAGAUCUGAUUGAUGAUGAUGAUGAUGAACCAAUAUUUGUUGGUGAAAUCUGUAGUUCCAAGCCUAGGGCCAACACAAGACCAGGUGUUGGCAACCAGCGGAAUGUCUCUGUUCCAAGAGCUCAUACGGUGGCAUCAUCACAAAAGACUCCGCAAGCCCAGACGAACUCCACCAGGGUGGCUACAGGUCCUACAAUAAUGGUUAGAGGCACUGCCCCUCAGCCUAUCAUCAUUAACAAUCAGGGUUACAUUGUGGCAUCACCACAGAAUCUCAACAGCAACACCUCAUUCAUCAGCUCUUUGGGGACACAGUAUCUACCAGGAACGACUUUCACUGUUGUGCCAGCAGCAGGUCAGCAGAUAGUGCCACAGGUCAGUGCAGCACCACAGCCUGGGGUCAUUCACAGGCCUCAAGUGCAGCUCAUCCAGAACAAUGUGGUGACCUUGACCAAUGUACAGGCUCCUGCUAACAUCUCUCCUCAAUCCCAAACCACAGUCUCACAAAACAAUCUGGGUAUCAUCCCAGUAAAUCCAGUCAAGCAGAAUACCUCAACCACACAAACUAUAAACAACAGAGAUAAUAGCACAACAGUAAAUGAAACAAACAACAGUGUGUCCAAAAAAGUUAAGCUUGAUAUGGAGAACGAAUUACCCUUCACAAAGAAAUGUCCCCAGUGUCAGAAUUUGUUCUUCCUAGUUGCUCCUUUAAAAAAUCACAUGAAGUUCUGCUGCCCUCAUUUGUUGGAUUCUGCUUUCCCCUCAACAUCGAAGCCUGACAAACAACCCACCACAGCAAAAGCCUAUGACUCUGAGAAAGGCAAACUCAUCAUGCUGGUUUCAGACUUCUACUAUGGGAAAUGUGAAGGAGACCCAUCUCUGAUCCCGAAAGCCAAGUCCAGCACCACCUUCAAGUGUAACAGUUGUUUAAAAAUGCUCAAGAACAAUAUCAGGUUCAUGAACCACAUGAAGCAUCACAUGGAGUUGGAGAAGCAGAACAGCGAGAGCUGGGAGAGUCACACUACAUGUCAACACUGUUACCGGCAGUACUCGACUCCCUUUCAGCUGCAGUGUCACAUAGAGAGUGCCCACAGUCCCUUUGAGUCCACCACUAACUGUAAAAUAUGUGAAUUGGCCUUUGAGACGGAACAAGUGCUUCUGGAACACAUGAAGGAUAAUCACAAACCUGGAGAGAUGCCGUAUUCCUGUCAGGUCUGCAACUACAGGUCAUCCUUCUUCUCUGAUGUGGAUACACAUUUCCGAACAGUUCAUGAAAACACGAAAGACCUGCUUUGUCCCUUCUGCCUGAAAGUCCAUCGCAGUGGCCAUAUGUACAUGCAACACUACAUGAGACAUCAAAAAAAGGGAAUUCAAAGGUGUGGAAAGUGCAGACUCAAUUUUCUCACCUACAAGGAAAAAGUGGAGCACAAAAAAAUCUUCCACCGAACAUUUAAGAAGCCAAAAAAUCUUGAGGGAUUGCCUCCAGGAACCAAGGUGACGAUUCGGGCCUCACUUUCUGGUGCACCAGUGUGUCCAAAGACUUCAAGCAAGUCCUACAUCGUACCCACAAGUCCUGAAACAACCAAACAACCCAAUAGAACACCAGCAAACACAACCAGACCCAACUUUAAUGGGGGAAAAACAAAAACCACACACCAGCCCAGCUUGACCCGAACUGUCCACAAUAAUGAGCUUAAAAAAUUUAUACUUCCAAGUGGAGGACAUAAGUGUGCAGAGUGUCUCACCGAAGUUGUGGACCCUUACACUCAUUACCCUUUGUCACUGAAGUGCACCUUAUGCAAGUACAGAACAAGUUGCCAGAGUGCAUUCAGACAGCACAUGGUCAGGUUUCACGGCAAUUCUUCAAAAGUACGUCUUGGCAAAGUGAGGAAGCCUCCACGUGGUAUGCGGAGUCUUACACUGGUGUGCCUCAUGUGUGACUUUCUGGCAGACGCCUCUGGCUCUGACCAGAUGACCGAACAUUUGCUCAGCAGGCCGACCCACACCUGUCAGGUCAUCAUGGAGCCAGUUGCAAAUGGGGGAUCAGAAAUGAACAGAUCCUCAUGGUGGCGUAGUGACUCGCCUCAAUCCGGGUGGCUAAGGAUGAAUUUCAGUUGCCUCCGCGUCUGAGACUGUCAAUCCGCACAUUUUAUCACGUGGAUUGUUGAGCGCGUUACCGCGGAAACGUAGCGCGUGUGGAGGCCCACGCUAUUCUCCUCGGCAUCCACACACAACUCGCCACACACCCCACCGGGAGCGAGAACCACACAUUAUGGCGACCACGAGGAGGUUACCCCAUGUGACUCUACCCUCCCUAGCAACCUGGCCAAUUUGGUUGUUUAGGAGACCUGGCUGGAGUCACUCAGCAUACCCUGGAUUUGAACUCGCGACUCCAGGGGUGGUAGUCAGCAUCUUUGCUCGCUGAGCUACCCAGGCCCCCGAUAGUAGUAUGUUUUUGUAAUGCCUGUAAUUUAUGCUGUUUAAAAAAAAAAAUUUUUUUUAUUAAAACUUAUUUUUUCCAGUAAAGAUAAUCUACUAGAGAGCCAGAGAGAGGGUAGAGGGGGAGAGAAAGAGAGAAAAAAAAAAAAAGUGGCAGACAAGCCUCUUUUUUGGGGGGGGGGAUUUUCUCCCCUUUUUCACCCCAAUUUGGAAUGCCCAAUUCCCAAUGCACGCACCCCACCAAGAGCAAGAACCACAUUAUAGCGACCACGAGGAGGUUAACCGAGCGUGACUACCCACCCUAGCAACCGGGCCAAUUGGUUGCUUAGGAAGCCUGACUGGAGUCACUCAGCACACCCUGGAUUCGAACUCGCGACUCAAGAUGUGGUAGUCAGCGUCUUUACUUGCUGAGCUACCCAGGCCCAGCAGACAAGCCUCUUGUUCAUCGGGAAAGGAGGAAGCGGGAACCGGAUUAACACUCAAAAAGACUUUAAUUACAACAUAAAACACUGAACUGGAACAUAACACACACGAACACAGCUCUGUGUGUCUCUCUCUCGAAUUAGCAUCCUCGGCUUCUCUUUAUCCCUCUCCCAGCUGAUUGGGCUGAUUCAGCGCCAGGUGUCCAUCAUUACGGCCUGGCCACGCCCUCCUCCUCGUCACAAUAAUAUAUUUUUCUUUUGCAUUAUUUUUCUUACUGCAUCAUCUUCAAAGGCACUUUAUCAUUAAUCUUACAGUUCACACAAUAUCCUUUGGUUUUAAACAUUGCCCGGUUUACUCGCAUAAAACAAGACUUGCACAACAUUAUAUUCAUGCUGUUUAGCCAGAGGGAAACUGGCUCCCCCAGUUGAGCCUGGUUUCUCCAAGGUUAUUUUUCUCCAUAAAUGAACAUCUUAUGGGUCACUGGGGGCCUAAAGAUGAUAAUUUGUAAGGCAUGAUUUUUAAUCACGUUAUUCAUUUAAACCGCACAGUGAGGACUUUAAGACAUUACACCAUAAUUUUCUGUAAGCUGCUUUGAAACUAUGUGUGAAAGCACUAUACAAAUAAAACUGACUUGACUUUUGAUUUCCGUGUGAAAUGUAACCUGGACAUGAUUUAUGUGGAAUUAACACUGCUAUUGUAACUAAAAACUUUUAAAAUUGUGUAUUAGUCAGGUGAUUACACAGCUUACAAAUUUUAAAGGAGAUGCGUAUCACUCUCACAUUUCAUUUUCCUUUUGAUUUUCUCGUUUGACCCCAUAAUUCAGCUCAAUGGAGACCCUAGAUGACUCUGAACUUCUCUUUAUUAAGACCGAUUCUGAGAUCAUGGUUAGUGAUGAGAUGGAACCCCUUCAAAUCACUGAUAUAAAUCCUAUACCAAACAAAUACAGCACAACGGAGGAUGGGUCAC